CUUCCUGAAAAUAUAGCGAAUCAACAUUUAACCAAUAGUGUCUCGAGCGACUCAACACUUGUGGCACCAAUUCUUACGCCGGCCCAGUUUUCAAAAACAGCCGAGAUAUUUGGCGACAUGGCCGUUGUUAAACAGAAUGAA